AUGGCCUUCCCCGGAGCUCCAGAGAUGAUAUUCGGCUGUGGUGGCCUCGGAAAUGAAUUCGUUGGGGAGAAGGCAGUGGAAGAGCUCCUGCAAACGCUCAAGGAGGCGGGUGUUCACAGGCUGGACACGGCGGCGUUAUAUCCGCCCACAGACAUAGGCGCCUCGCAGCGUCUCCUUGGACAAGUUGGAGCAGCGAGAAUGGGGUUCACUAUUGACACCAAGGUGAUGAUCAGCAUGACUGGCUUCCAGGGCACGCUGCAGCCUGAGAAGAUCGCCAAGUCUGCUGCAGAGAGCCGUGAGGCGCUCCGCCUCGGAGACGGCCAGCGCGUCAAUGUCUUCUACCCCCAUGCGCCGGAUGUAGCUACGUCCUUGAAAGACCAGGCAGCUGGCUUUGAUGCUCAAUACAAAGCGGGUCUGUUUGACAAACUAGGAGUGUGCAACUUUCCAGCCGACAUGCUUGCCGAGUUCAUCGAUAUAUGCGAGCGCGAGGGCUUUGUGAAGCCGACCGCAUACCAAGGUUUGUAUAACCUCAUCGAUCGUCAACACGAGGGCCCGGUGCUCGAUCUCGUCCGCAAGCAUGGCAUGCAGUUUGUGGCACACAGCCCGCAUGCUAGCGGCUUCCUACACGGUGGCCUCACGUCGGGCCAAACCGAAGGAACGCGCUUCGCCGAGGGCAAUAUCAUGUCGACGGACGCUCGACGCUACGACAAGGUCAAAUAUCACGAGGCUAUCCGCUCGCUGGACAAGAUGCUGGAGCCGCACGGCAUCCCAAAAACAGAAGUAGCGCUGCGCUGGCUCGCCUUUCAUUCCAAAUUGCAGCCUCAAGAUGGCAUCAUUUUCGGCUCAAGCAAGCUUGCUCAGGUAAAGCAGAACGUGGCAGCAAUUAGGAAAGGCCCGCUUCCGGAAGAUGUAGUUGCGGCACUGGAGGGCAUCUGGGAAAUGCUUCAAUAG